AUCUGUCAACAAACUGUCAUCGCUUUAUUUUGAAAAAAAAAAUCAGCCGUGCUAAAAAAAAAUCCAAAUUUUGUGUUUAUAGUUUUUAUAUAACCAAAUAAUGUCCAUGUUUCAAUUUAAAUGGUUGCGAAGAUUAGUGCGUCGGAACACUAAUCCGAUCCCAAUAGAUACUGCCGAAUUAUGGAAACGUCGUCUCAGCUUUGGUUACGCUAUCAUAGCUUGGCAAGCAUUCGGUCUAGUCUGCUACAGUAUCUAUAAGGGCAAGAAUGAUUGGGCCAAAUAUCAUGGCCUGAAGACUGACGAAGAACUUGCCAUGUCUCCAGCGCAACACUUUUCCAAAACUUUGAAUGUGGAAAAAGGAAAAAUCAUUCGUUUUAGAGGUUUCACUAAAGUCGAUGAAAUUCCCUUUGACAAUACCACGGAGGAGGAAAAAGAAUAACAAACAACAGCCGACAAAUUCGAUUUAGGUUAAGUUUUUCUCUUUUAUUGUAAAUACAAUACAAAAAUACACAAAAAAAACUCUUUAUUUAUCUUAAAUGCCAAGUAUAAAAUCUAAA